GGAGCGAACGAUCGCCAGACAGUCACUGUUCUUACUACAGGGAGGACGCACAAACCUGCUCUCCUGUGAUCUCGCCACCUUUCUGUUUCUGAAUCUUCCUUAGACCCCUCUUCUUUGGAUACUCCGCCACCAGUGAUCUUGAAAAGGGAUUAAUUCCAAGUGCAAACCAUAACAUCUCGUGUGUGUUCUUUCUUGAGUGAAGGAAAGAUAGCGAUAACUCUUUACAACGGAGCAUAUACCACAUUGCCUGCAAAAUGUUGUACGAUUCCGUGGACACUUACUGCCACACCGGCCUUGAUGACAACAGCGUGAGGAUGAACAAACACGACGAGCUGUCGGACUUCUCGUCGCAGUCGAUCCUGUGCGCCAUGGACCGCUUCGUCAAGGCGGUCAACAACAUGAACGAGACGGUCAUGGUGCCAUGCAGGUUGCUAGACAUGGAGGUCGAGAGCAAGACGACUGGCGACAAGGUGCCCGUGCUGCUGCGCACCGGCGGCAACCCCUACAGCUUCUACUCGGUGCUCAACUCCGUCAAGAACGACCUGAUUUGGGGCCCCACCUCCAACGACGACGACGACAAUGAAAACAGCGCCAGCACGACCAAUAACACGCGGUGGUCCGACCCAGUCGCCGUCAGCAGCGCCGCCAGCACCGCGUCGUCGUCGUCGUCGUCGUCCGGGCACGUGAAGGGCCACAUGCGCCGCCAGAGCACGCUGUCCAUGAUCUCCGUGUCGUCGAACGCCUCGGACGGCGACAGCGAGGGCGGCUGCGACGGCAGCGAGGGCGGCGACUCGGGCGUGGAGGCAGAGGACAUGGCGCCUGAGCUGACCGCGGCCGCGCUCACCAACAACCUCCGCACGCAUCUCCUCGGCCUCCACACCUGCCUCUCCAACCUCACGGACACCGCGGCCUUCAUCACCGAGCGCUACCAGGAGGAGGUCAAUGUCUAGGUCGCUCCCCCACCCCCCCUCGUCGCCAAGAGGGCGCGGGGAACCGUCUCCCUGAGUCACAACGACCAAGAGUUUAACGAAGAAGAAGAAUAAAAAAGAAGUGAAAAGAAGAAAAGGAGAAACCAGAAAUCCCCUCCCCCCUCUUUUCAGGCGACGCAGGGUUUCAGGGGAAAGAGGGAGCGGGAAGACAAGCGGCCUUCCUCCUCCUCCUCCUCCUCCUCCUCCUCCUCCUCCUCCUCCCUCCUCCUCCUCCUCCUCCUCCUCCUCCUCCUCCUCCUCCCUUCCGGUCAGUGCAGAGCAAGGUCCCGCAUGUCCCUCCCUCUCCCCCCUGCCCCUCCCUCUUCCUCUCCCCUCCAUUCUCCCCCCAGUCACCAGGCGCGGCACGCACUGUCCCGUGUCCCGUGAGAAGGGCUUUUAAACCGCCACUCGCCCCCCUUUCCCUCCCUUCCCUCUCUUCCUGGCGAGUGGCUUAGCACACACUAGCAAAGAGCAGCUCUCGGGGUGUCACGACGUCGCCACGACUUCCCCCACCCCGAAGGAGCCGCAAGAGGGGGCUGGACCCCUUCAUCUCGUCUGUGAUAUGAAGCGCGCGCGCGCACCCGCACUGUUUCGUCUCGUUUCCGGCUCUCGCAUGCAUGCACAGAGGCGCACAAGCAUAGGGUAGACCGUCGUCCUGCUCUCCACAGCGAAGACGGAGGUGAAGAAUGCGUCGAAGUGCACAAACGCCUUUCCUUGCCGUUCACGUCGCUCUCUCUCUCUCUCUCUUGGUCAUCCUCUCUCCCUCCCGUCCCUUCCUUCCGUCCUUCCUCGCCUCCCUCACGCCCCCCCCCCCCCCCAAAGCUUCCCGGCCCCAUGGCAAAGAGAAGAAUUUAAAUUCGGAAGAAAAGAGAGAGAAAAAGAAAAUCAGGUAGAAUUACAGCAAGAGCUUUCCGUGAGAGCCUAACGAAGGUAGAGAAAGAAUUCCUGACGAAGAAAUGUGAAAAGCUUUUCUUCCCGACGAAGGAAAGGAAAAAACUGGACCAAUUUCUUAUAUUCUUUUUAGUGUUUGCGCUCCAUGGCGAAUUUGUGUCUCGCUGUGGUAACCUGGCGCCCCAAAGUAUAUGUGUGUGGGUAAUAUGUGAAGGCCGUGGCGGGCUCUCUAUACCAGUCUAUCGUUCUGUCUAUCCAUUCAUCUCUGUAUCAGAUCUGUCUAUCGAAAUUCUAAGUCAACCUUCGUGCAAGUUGUCUACAUUUGUCUAUCCAUCUAUCAGACCCUUGUGCAUCUUCCAGUGUAGGUGCGCGUGUGUAGGCGUUUUAAUUUCCAGUGUACAUCUAAGGAUUACCUAUUAUAUAUGAAUAAAAAUCCUUCAGUGGAAUACAUAAAUACCACAAUUCCCUCCUUGGAUUAGACUGUGUGCGUAUGUGUACGUGGAACUUGAUGUGUACAUAGAGAGAGUCCAUCACACCUGCCACUUUAAGGGAAUUACAAUUAUAAUUAUUGUUGUAGUGUUAUUACUGUAAUUAUUAUUAUUAUUUUUAUUUUGUAUUGUAUUGAUUUAAUAAAUAUAGAUAUUUCGUAUA